ACUUCAGUCCUGAUCAACAGGACCCUCAGGACCACACCAAUCUCAAUCUGUCAUUCACUCAUUUGUAUUGACUGUUUAAUUUCUUUAGAAUGGGAACAUCUAAAUAAAUCUUCCGAUUUUUUUUAAGUAUAUCGAUUCUUAAUAUCCUUAUCCAACCUAGUCAACCUUUUAAAUGGACACAAUGCACUGGAUGGCUUUCCUUUGCCCUGGAUGUUAUGAAUUUCCUAUUUCUGCGGACUGAAAAUUGAUUCUUAUGGAAACGCAAUUGACAACAACAUAGUUGUGGAUUUAAAUUGUUUUUUUUUUUAUGAUAAUUCUGACUGAGAACAAUACAUUUAGGAAGUUUUACAUUUCAAUGAAUCCGGGAGUUCAUUCAAAACACCUCCCUUUCGCGCCACUGUGGACAAUGAGUGCGAUUAUUAAAGUUGUCAAUGGAUUGCAAAUGUAAGCGAGCGAUCUAAAGAGUGAAAGUGGCGGACAGACGCCGGGAUUUUAACGAGACAUCUUUCACUUCAAGUACCCCCAGGGAUUCUCUCCUCUCUUCCAAGAUCUGUCUCUCAUACAGCAACGAGCACAUCCUCGCGCCCAGAGCGCAUAUUGGAACACAAAAGACGGUUAUCUUCACUAAUGUGAAAUGUGAAAAUUUCAAAUGAAAUUCCAAUCGAACAAAUCUCGUUGCUCAGGAGAGUGAGUUUAAACCGUCAGGGGUCUCAGUAGCAAAAGCCCACACGAACGUGAGAGACGUGGAAGAACCACACAUUAGGCUGCAAAUUAAGACAUCCUCAGAGCUUUGUCUCUGUCUUUGAGAAAGACAGAGGUGGUUGACAGGAGUCAUGGCUGCCAUAGCAAUCGUCCCCAACUACACCCCAUCUCUAUGGGUACGUUUAUGCCAUGCCAUUCCUCGCCUGGACUUGACCCUGCAGACCCGAGAUAGCGUGUUCACCCCAGACAGCUGGGAGUACCAGCAGACACUUCUGGUCCUCUCCAGCUUCUCCGCUAUUGCUCUCGUCCUCUCGUUACUUGUCGUUCUCUCCUUCCUCAUCCACUACUGUUGCUGCCAUUGUGGUGAUGGGGGCAGAGAUGCAGAGGAAGAAGAGGAAGACGAUGAUGCCAGCGGUGGCCAUGGAUACAAUGGCAGAAAGGGGCAUGACAUCUGUUGUGUCACAUGGGUAUCGGUUGCAGCCUUGACAUUAUGCUGUGUUGCCAUAGGCAUUGGCUUCUACGGCAACAGUGAGGCGAACGAUGGGAUGUAUCAGUUGACCUCAUCCUUGCUCACUGCCAAUUAUACGCUGGCUUCCAUCGAUCUACUGGUUUCAGACACUGUGGCUGGGCUACAGCAAUCUGUGUCAGGGCCCUUGACCUCCAUGGAGGAUCUGUUUGGAGGACAUAAGCCGGCACUUGUGGCCACACGCUCCUGCAGACGCUUGUCAGAGCGGGUGGUGUCUCUCCUCUCCAACCUGACGCUGGGAAGAGCCCCCACCCUCAAUCCCUCGUCCAACAGCAUUCCAGUACCCUUCUCCCCUGGCUGGGCAGCCAACACUCUCAUGGUGAAUGAAGACUACAGGUGGCUAUCGUACGUGCUGCUACUUUUGCUGGAUUUGUUGGUAUGUUUCUUUAUUCUGCUGGGUUUGGCCAAACAGGCCCGCUGGCUACUUGUCCUGAUGACAGUGCUGGCCUGGUUGGCUCUGUUUCUGAGUUGGGGUUCUCUCGGCCUGGAGACAGCCACUGUGGUGGCCCUGAGUGAUUUUUGCUUUGACCCAAACACAUUUGUGCUUAACUCCACUCACUUCAACUCUAAAACAAGCACAGAAGUCCUGGACUACUACCUGACCUGCAGCAGGAGAAUGAACAGCCCCUUUCAACAGCUACUGACCCAGUCCCAGAGAGCGCUGUCCAGCAUUCACUCCCACCUUUCCACUCUGGAGAGAGAUGCCCUCUCGCGGUUUCCAAAGGCAGAGAAGUCACUCAGGGAGGUACAGCAGAUACUCAAUGCCACUGAGGGCAACUUCCACCAGCUGGUUGCACUUCUCAACUGCCGAGGGCUGAACAAGGAUUAUGUUGACUCUCUGAAAGGCCUGUGCUAUGAUGGGAUGGAGGGGUUGCUCUAUCUUUCCCUGUACUCGUUUCUCUCCGCUUUGGCAUUCACAGCCAUUCUUUGCUCCCUCCCAGGAGCCUGGAGGAGCUUCCACAGUGAUUCUGAAGAGUACGAGGACUCCGACAGCGAGAGCGAGGACCCCUUUACUUCUCAUCAGGCACGUAGACAGAUGGUCUCGGGCUCACAGCGAGGGGCCUUGCCCCCCUUCUAUAGUUACCAGGGGGCCGGCUGGACUCCCCCCUUUUCUAGCGCGCCUCCGUUACCGUGA